UUCAUCAAACUUGUUUCAUCUGUUUCGUUAAACCAAUCACUUCUGCAAACUUAAACAAAAUGUUCAAAUUCGCUGUUGUCAUCUUCGCUGUCAUUGCCUGCGCUGCUGCCAAACCCGGUUUAGUUGCUCCCUUGGCUUACACUGCUCCCGCCGCUGUAGUAGCUGGCCCUGCUGGUGUUGUUACUGCCACCAGUAGCCAAUAUAUUGCCCGCAACCACAACGGUAUUGCCACCGCUCCCGUUGUAGCUCCAGUAGCUGCCCCUGUUGUUGCCAAGAGUGUUGCUUACACUGCUCCCGUGGCUGCUGCUUAUACCGCUCCCGUUGUAGCCAAAUACGCUGCUGCUUACUCUCAUCCUUUGGCCUACUCCUCUCCUGUUGUUGCCAAAUACGCUACUGCUUACUCUCAUCCUUUGGCCUACUCCACCCCUGUUGUUGCCAAAUACGCUGCUGCUUACUCUCAUCCUUUGGCCUACUCUGCACCUUUGACCUAUGCUGCUGCUCCAGCUCCAAUUUCGUUUUAAAAAACUGUCUUACGGCGAAUUUGAAAUGAUGUGAUGUUGUUGAAAAAUAAACGAAUUAAUUUAUUAA